GGGGCGCCACGGGGCGGCUGAGGGGUCGUGAGGGGCUUCGGGGGGUCCUGAGGGGUCUGAGGGGCCUUAACGGGGCCUGAGGGGCUUUGGGGGGUCGUGAGGGGCUUUGGGGGGGUGUCUGAGGGACCUUAACGGGUCCUGAGGGGCUUUGAGGGGGGGGUCUGAGGGACCUUAACGGGUCCUGAGGGGUUUCGGGGGGUCGUGAGGGGUCUGAGGGGCCUUAACGGGGCCUGAGGGGCUUCGGGGGGUCGUGAGGGGUCUGAGGGACCUUAACGGGUCCUGAGGGGCUUUGUGGGGGAUCUGAGGGGCUUUGAGGGGUCUGAGAGACCUUAAGGGGCUGUGAGGAGAUUUGAGGGGCCGCUUCGAAGGGUUCGAGGGAUCGUGAGGGGCUCUCGGGGGUCUGAGCGACCUCGAGGAGGGUUCGCGAGGGCCUUUGAGGGAGCGCGAAGGCUCUGAGGGACUUCAAGGGGUCCGAGGGGCCGCGGCGAUGGUGGAGAAGGACGAGUCCGGCCCCGGCGGCAUCAGCGAGGAGGAGGCGGCUCAGUACGACCGGCAGAUCCGCCUCUGGGGGCUCGAGGCCCAGAAAAGGUUACGGGCGUCGCGGGUGCUGCUGGUGGGGCUGCGGGGGCUGGGGGCUGAGGUGGCCAAAAACCUCAUCCUGGCCGGGGUCAGGGGGCUCACCCUGCUCGACCAUCGCCAGGUUUCCCAGGAUGACUGUGGUUCCCAGUUCCUGAUCCCGGCGGGCUCUCAGGGUCGGAAUCGUGCCGAGGCAUCCCUGGAACGGGCCCAGAGCCUCAACCCCAUGGUGGAGGUCAGGGCUGAUCCCGAGAGCGUGGAUUCCAAACCCCAGGAAUUCUUCACCCAGUUCGACGCGGUGUGCCUGACGUGCUGCUCCCGGGAAUCCAUGGUGAGGAUCAACCAGAUCUGCCACAAGAACGGGGUCAAGUUCUUCACCGGGGACGUUUUCGGCUACCACGGCUUCAUGUUCGCCGACCUGGGCCACCACGAGUUCGUGGAGGAGAAGCCCAAGGUGGCCAAAGGCAGCUCGGGGCUGGAGGAUGGACCCGAGGCCAAACGGGCCCGGCUGGAGCCCCCCGAGACCACCAUGGUCAAAAAGCGCCUGGAAUUCUGUUCCCUGCGGGAAGCUCUG